AUGGAGGUGGAGGAGAUGCUCUCCAGGCUCAGAUGCAGAAGCUCACAGCAGCACACCGAGCUGCUUCCCAAACCCUGCAGGCCGGGCUCAUACCGCCAGGACACCAUGAAACCCCUAACCCAAACCCGGCCUGCAGGGGUCUCACCCAGUUCUGUGAGGCUCUCACCUCCCAACACCUCCCAACACCUCCCAACACCUCCCAACACCCCUCAACACCUCCCAACACCUCUCAACACCUCCCAACACCUCCCAACACCUCCCAACACCUCCCAGCACCCAUCAACACCUCCCAACACCCCUCAACACCUCCCAACAUCUCCCAACAUCUCCCAACACCUCCCAACACCUCCCAACACCUCCCAACAUCUCCCAACAUCUCCCAACACCUCCCAACACCUCCCAACAUCUCCCAACACCUCCCAGCACCUCCCAACACCCCUCAACACCUCCCAGCACCUCCCAAUACCCCUCAACACCUCCCAACACCCAUCAACACCUCCCACACCUCCCAACACCUCCCAGCACACCUCAACACCUCCCAAUACCUCCCAAUACCCCUCAACACCUCCCAACACCCCUCAACACCUCCCAACACCUCCCAGCACCCAUCAACACCUCCCAGCACCUGCCAACACCUCCCACGUCAGUGGACGCGCUGCUCCCCCUCCCCCCCCCCUGAUCCUCCUCCUGCUCCCCCUCUCCCUCCUCUACUCCUCCUCAUCGCCCCCCCUCGCUCAGGGAGCCAUCCAGAUCCCCGAAGGCUAUAAAGUGCAGAACAUGUCACAGCCUCCGGUGCUCACAGGGACACCGACGUCAGCGACAGUUUUUUCUCCAGAGGAUUUGAACAUCACCUGCGAGGCGACCGGAAACCCGACACCCACGUUCCGCUGGGUGAAGGAUGAGCAGGAGUUCGGACCGACCCGGACCGGUUCUGGGUCGCUGACGGCGGAUCCAGACGAGCCUCUCGAGUCGUAUCAAGGUUCCUUCAGAUGUUACGCCUCCAACACGCUGGGGACCGCCAUGACCCAGACGGUACACAUCAUAGUGGAGCCUCAGCCUGUCCUCCACAAACAGCAGAAGGUCAGUAAAUCAGCACAUGAAGGAGACAGCUUGAUCCUGACCUGUAACCCUCCAAAGAGCUCCACCCCCCCACACAUCCACUGGAUGGACAACAGGAUGGUGCACAUUACGCAGAGUACCAGGGUCAUGGUCGGCAUCGAUGGGAAACUUUACUUCUCUAACGUUGUGAAGAGCGACAGCAGAGACGAUUACGUCUGUCACGCUCAGUAUUCAGCAGCCAGAACGAUCCUGCCUGAGAGUGAAGUCAGACUCACUGUGCUGCCCAGUAACCAUGUGGCUCAUGGAAGGGAACCUCGCUUCCUUUAUCCAACCGACUCUCACACCACAGUGCUGGCUCUGCAGGGACAGAACGUCUUCCUGGAUUGUAUCCCCACAGGCCUACCGACUCCGACGGUGAAGUGGACAAAAAAAAACGGAAACCAGGUGGACAUGACGGAGAAUCUGGAACUUUACGGCCGGCGUCUUCACUUCCACAGCGUCAGUCAGGAAGAUGACGGAGAGUACGAGUGUAAAGCCGUCAACACGCACGGACACGCCGAGCACGUCUUCAGCCUCACUGUGGAAGCGGCUCCGUACUGGGUGAAGCAGCCCCCCGCUCUGCUCUACUCUCCGGGGGAGACGGUGAUGCUCGACUGUCAGGCUCAGGGGAUCCCGGACCCGACUAUCACCUGGAGCAUCAACGGCCAGCCGCUGUCAGAGGUGGAUGAUGAUCCUCGUCGCAGCAUCACCGGCAACGUCCUCAGACUCGUUGAUAUUGAAUUCACAGACACAGCUGUUUAUCAGUGUGAGGCGACCAAUAAGCACGGCUCCAUCAUCCUCAACACAUAUCUAUAUGUAGUAGAGUUGCCUCCUCAGAUCUUAUCCUCUGAUGGGGUCGUGUACAGAGUCACUGAGGGAGGAAACAUCGAGCUGCACUGUGAGUCCUUCGGGUCACCACGACCACACGUCACAUGGGAGCGGGAGGACGCGGGACCCCUGCUGUCAGACCCUCGUAUCUCUCAGUUUACCAAUGGGACGCUUCAGCUGUCGGACGUCAGCCACGAUGACAGAGACGUGUUCACCUGCUCCGUGCAGCACAGCAACAUCUCCAUCACCGCUCACCUGGAGGUCUACAACCGGACGGUGAUCCUGAAGAAGCCGCAGGACUUGAGGGUGCUGAGAGGAAGCAACGCUGUGCUGGACUGUGACUUCUACAGAGAUCCUGGACUGAAACAUUACCAGAUCAUCUGGAGGAAAGACGGACACAAACUGCACGAAUCAUCACCUGACGACAAGUUCACCAUCUUUGAGAACGGCACCCUAAAAGUGACUGACGUCCAAUCAGACGACACGGCACCGUACUCCUGUGAGGUCAUCACCGACCUGGAUCAUGUGAAGGAAGCCGGCUCCAUCACUGUGGUCGCUCGGCCGGACCCUCCCAGUGAUCUGUCUCUGUCUGAUGUCGCUGGUCACAGUCUGACGCUCAGCUGGACCCCCGGAAACGCCCACAACAGCCCCGUCACAGAGUUCAUCGUGCAGAGCAGAGAGGAGCAGCACUCUGAGGAGGGCGACUGGCGUUGGGAGGAGUGGAAGAGAGUUCCUGGAGAUGUGAACAGCCUGCAGCUGACCCUUCACCCCUACUGCACCUACAGCUUCCGGGUCAUCGCAGCCAAUGAGCUGGGCCACAGCGAGCCCAGCAGGCCCUCACAAUCCCACGAAACGCCCUCUGCUGCUCCUGGCAGUAACCCCACAGGAGUGCGCAGUGACUCCACAGAUCCAGGCUUUCUGAUCAUCACCUGGGAUGAGAUGCACAAGCGCUUACAUCACGGCCAGGGCUUCCAGUACAAGGUGUCAUGGCGGGAGGCCGGGGGCCACACUGCACCCUGGAGCCACAGCAACGUGAGGUCGCCGCCGUUCGUGGUGAACGGGACAGGAACGUACACGCCGUUCGAGAUCAAAGUCCAGGCGAUAAACGCUGUGGGAGACGCCCCUGAACCGGAGCCGGAGAUCGGACACUCCGGAGAGGACGCGCCCGAGGAGCCUCCCGGCGGAGUCGACGUGGAAGUGAUGAACAGCACAGCCAGAGUGACGUGGAACGAAGCCCAGAGGGUCCGAGGCCUGCUGCUGGGAUACAAGAUCCACGUGUGGAAGGUGGGACCAGCGCUGACCCGGACCCGGCGGUCCCUGGUCAAGAAGCAUCAGGAGGAGGAGAGGAGGAGAGAGGGAGGAGCGGAGCGAGGGAAGCAGAAAGACGAGUGGCGUAAGGAGGUGCUGGUUCACGGCAUGAAGACUUCAGCAGAGGUGACGGGUCUGCCUCUGUUCUCCCUCUACGAGCUGACGGUCACCGCCUUCAACAGGAAGGGAGACGGCCCCCCCUCCCCAGAACACAGCUUCAGCACUCCCCCUGGAGUUCCCGGCCCUCCCGCCUCUCUGUGGUUUGAGAGUCCAUCAGAGAAGUCUCUGGUCGUCCACUGGGAGCCUCCAGCUGAAACCAACGGCAUCCUGUUGGGAUAUAUGGUGCAGUACCAGGAGGAGAGCAGAGACAGCUCAGUGAGGAUGCAGACCAUCGAUGAUCACAGUACCACCCACAUGCUGUUUGAUGGUCUGGACCCUACCCUGCACUACAUCUUCAAUGUAAUCGCCCGCACCGCAGCUGGAGACGGGCCGCCCAUCACUCGCAGGGUCGCCACCCUGCUGGACGGAGUCCCUCCAACCAACGUCACCGUCAUCCCCGGCAACACGUUCCUCAACCUGAGCUGGGUCCCAGGAGAGCGGGACCGCAACUACGGCUUCCUCAUCCACUACCUCCACAAGAGCGCGGGGGACAAGUGGGAGGAGUCAGAGGUCGUGAACUCCACGCAGGGUUUCUAUUCGCUGACAGGCCUCCAACCAGGAAGUGAGUAUCGGCUGAAGAUCAUGCACGGAAACAACACUCAGUGGGAAGAUGUGACGUGGACCGGAGGGCCGGUGCCGUCAGAGGUCGCCGGAGGGUUCGCCACGCAGGGCUGGUUGAUCGGACUCAUCAGCGCCGUCGUUCUGCUGGUUCUCAUCCUGCUCGUCCUCUGCCUCAUCAAACGCAGCAAGGGAGGCAAAUACGCAGUUAAAGACAAAGAAGACAAAGAAGUCGACUCGGAAGCUCGACCCAUGAAAGAUGAAACCUUUGGAGAGUACAGAUCUCUGGAGAGUGAUGCGGAUGAGAAGCGGUCGGACAGCCAGCCGUCGAUGUGUGAGGACAGUAAGCUCGGCUCUGAAGACUCGCUGGCGGAGUACGGAGACAGCGUCGACAUCCAGUUCAACGAGGACGGCUCCUUCAUCGGCCAGUACAGCGGCCGAGGGCCCGUUCCCCACGGCAACGAGAGCUCCGGCCCCGCCUCGCCCGUCAACGCCGUCCCCCCUCCCCCCAUCGCUCCGUCCAUGUCCUCCAUCCUGAACCGACCCAGCUAGACACACACACACACACACACACACACACACACACAUACACACACACACACACACACACACACACACACACACACACACACACACACACACACACACACACGCACACACACACACACACACACACACACACCUUGAA